AUGCUUCAACCAGCAUCACGAGGCUCGACCUCGACUAAUUCCUCCUUCGAACCCGUCAGCCGUCAAAAUACCUACUCGAGCCACGAUGGCGCGCGAUCCUUGAGACAAAGCAAGCGUGUUAGCAUGACAGCCUUGUAUGCUAGCAUGAGCGCAAAAGAUAAAGAUUUGGAAAUCAGCGACGACUUGGCCAGGGCACAACGGACACUUCGAGACCUGAAAGUGAAGAUCUCAAACCAAUCCAAAAAGAAUUUCGUCCUGGAGAAGGAUGUUCGCUAUCUCGAUUCGAGAAUUGCGCUUUUGAUCCAAAAUCGGAUGGCCUUGGAAGAGCAAAACGAAGUCGCUAGCCAUCUCGAUGAAGCAGCUGAACUUCAGGAAGGCUCGUUUCCAAACGACGAAAAGACUCAAAAAUACGGCAAUCUUUUAUUUAUGCUUCAGUCAGAACCCAGGCACAUUGCUCAUCUAUGUCGAUUGGUUACCAUGGCCGAGAUCGACUCCCUGCUACAGACGGUCAUGUUCACGAUAUAUGGAAAUCAGUACGAAAGCCGGGAAGAACAUCUUCUGUUGACCAUGUUCCAGUCGGUGUUGACACAUCAAUUCGAAACGACCCCGGAAUAUUCCUCACUACUUCGGCAGAACACCCCGGUGUCGAGAAUGAUGACCACGUACACCCGAAGGGGUCCUGGCCAGAGUUUUCUCAAAGAGGUUCUGGCCGAGAAGAUCAACUCUCUGACUGAGCUGAGCGAUGUCGACCUCGAAAUUAACCCUCUCAAAGUCUACGAAGCCAUGGUCAAACAAAUCGAAGACGACACCGGCACUCUCCCAGAAGACCUGCCAAGGUCUGUAACUGCCGAAUUUGCAGCAGAGAAUGUUCAAGUGCAAGCCAUUAUUGCACCACGUCUCAAGAUGCUGACUGAGAUUGCCGAAGGAUUCCUGUCCGCCAUUAUCGAGUGCCUCGAGGACACUCCAUAUGGCAUUCGGUGGAUUUGCAAACAAAUUCGGAACCUUUCCCGCCGCAAAUACCCUGACGCUCAAGACCAGGCGAUUUGCACCCUCAUUGGUGGAUUUUUCUUCUUGCGCUUCAUCAAUCCCGCCAUCGUUACCCCAAAAUCUUACAUGUUGAUUGAGAGGGUGCCCGAGGAGAAGCCGAAACGUACACUCACAUACAUUGCUAAGAUGUUGCAAAAUCUAGCCAACAAACCAUCAUAUGCCAAGGAACCGUACAUGGCCAAGUUGCAACCUUUCAUUCAAAGGAACAAGGAUCGUUGCAACAAAUUCAUGCUAGACCUUUGUGAAGUUCAGGAUUUUUAUGAGAGUUUGGAGAUGGACAACUAUGUGGCGCUGUCGAAGCGAGACCUGGAGCUGCAAAUCAGCUUGAACGAGGUCUACGCGACUCAUGCUUUGCUUGAGAAGCAUAGUACAGAGUUGGCCAAAGAUCCAUCUUCCCAUCUAGGAAUCCUCUUGCAGGAGCUCGGUCCGGCUCCUCCUCAACUUCCCAGAAAAGACAACCGGGCCAUCACCCUACCACUGUAUAGCAAAUGGGAGACUUCAUUCGAUGAUCUAACUCACGCAUUGGACAUUACACAAGAGGAGGUUUUCUUCAUGGAGGCAAAGAGCACUUUUGUACAGAUCAUGCGAAGCCUGCCGCAGAAUGCCACUGCCGUGCGUCGACCGCUCCGUCUCGACCGCGUCGCAGAGGCGGCAGGAACACUGAAGAACGAUGCUGUCAUGGUGCGCAAAGGCAUCAGAUGCAUGGAACUCUUAACUCAACUCUCUGAAAUGGGAGCCAUUGAUCGCGCAGAUGAUUAUGCCGUUCUUCGAGACGAAGUCGAGCAAGAACUGGCUCAUCUCGGCUCUUUGAAGGAGAAGGUGCUGGAAGAGACGGCCAAGUUGGAAGAUGUUUAUAAGACGAUUCGAGACCACAACGCAUAUCUCCUAUCACAACUCGACACGUACAAGAAUUACUUGCACAAUGUUAGAAGCCAGUCCGAGGGUACAAGACGGGGCAAGGCUGAAAAAGUCCGGGAACUCGGACCGUACAAAUUCACCCACGCCCAGCUGGAGAAAGACGGUGUUAUUACGAGAAGCAAUGUUCCGGAAAAUCGGAGAGGUAAUAUCUUCUUCAUGUUUCGAAGUCCACUUGCAGGCACGUUUGUCAUCAGUCUGCAUUACAAAGGGCGUGCCCGUGGUCUCCUUGAGCUCGACUUGAAACUGGACGACCUGCUCGAAAUGCAAAAAGACGGUCAGGACGAUCUGGACCUCGAAUACGUCCAGUUUGAUGUGUCAAAGGUUCUCGCUCUACUCAACAAGCGAUUCGCACGGAAGAAAUAG